AUGGCUCAACUGCAAGAUUACUUUACCUGGAAAAUAGUAAGUCAUAGAGAUGCAGUCCCAAUAUUUGAAAUUUUUGAAGAAAAAUGUCCACAAUCAUUCAACUCACAAACAACUAAUGAAUUAUCUAUUGAGGUUAAUGUUGUCAAAGAAGAAAAAAAAGACGACAAGUUUAUUGCAUUGUUACCGAGCAUUCCAAAUAUUCAAGGUUCUAUUCAAGGAGCUGUUUUGACUGCUUGCUAUAUAACGCAGCAGACGAUGCAGCAAAUGCAACAAAUUGGAUCUAAAAUUCGAAAAGAUUGUAUGAUGUUUGCAACGCAUCUUCACAAGAAUGAUACUAUUUCUAAUACCAAUAUUACUGACGUAUGCAUUUCUGCCUAA